AUGGCCUAUGAUCGUCAUGCUGCUGUGUGUAGACCCCUACAUUAUACCACUAUCAUGACUUCAAAAAUGUGUGCAUAUAUGCUUAGUGGGGGUCACAUCUGGGGGUUUCUCUCCUCCUCCAUUUUCAUAGGAAGUAUUUUUAGUCUUUCUUUCUGCAGGUCCAAUGUAGUCCAUCACUUUUUCUGUGAUAUUCCCCCUCUCUUGGUUCUCUCUUGCUCUGAAAUUCACAUCACUGAGUCAAUAAUCUUCAUCUUUGGGUCAUUAAAUGGAUCCUUCCCAUUUCUUGUCAUCUUUUUCUCUUACUUGUUCAUCUUCAUCACUGUCCUGAAGAUCCGUUCUGCUGAUGGGCGCCAGAAAGCUUUCUCCACCUGUGCUUCCCAUCUCACAGCAGUGUUCAUAUUUUAUGGGACAAUCAUCUUCAUGUACUUUCGACCCAGCUCAAGCCAUUCAAUGGACUCAGACAAAAUAGUGUCAUUAUUUUAUACUACAGUUAUCCCUAUGUUGAAUCCAAUCAUCUAUAGUUUGAGAAACAAAGAAGUUAAAAAUGCUUUCAGAAAAGCUGUGAGGGGACAACACCUUCAAUUUGAUCAUCCUUUUAAUUAA